UAAAGCUACAUGAACAUGACCCACACAAGCACAUUUAGAGGAGAUGAAGACCAUUUGGGAAGAAGAAAAACACUCUUAUUAAGAAUUUCAGCAAACAAGCAAACAAGGUGUUUUCAGGAUGAUUUUAUUAUAUCAAAUGGUACAUUUCAUUUUAUUUGCCUCAGUUUCUGGUGAAUGUGUGACUAAGCUGUUCAAAGAUACCUGCUUUGAAGGAGGAGACAUAACUACUGUUUUUACGCCAAGCGCCAAGCACUGCCAAAUUGUCUGCACCCACCACGCAAGGUGUUUGCUCUUCACUUUUAUGGCUGAAUCAUCAUCUGCAGAUCCUACCAAAUGGUUUACUUGUAUCCUGAAAGACAGUGUCACAGAAACAUUGCCAAGAGUGAAUAUGACAGGAGCAAUUUCUGGAUAUUCUUUCAAGCAAUGCCCACACCAAAUAAGUGCUUGCCACAGAAAUGUUUAUAUGGACCUGGACAUGAAGGGCAUGAACUACAAUGGCUCUGUUACCAAGAGUGCUCAGGAAUGCCAAGAGAGAUGCACGAAUGACCGGCACUGUCACUUUUUUACAUACGCAACAAGGAGGUUUCCCAGUGUAGAGCACCGUAACACUUGUCUAUUGAAGUACACCCAAUUGGGGACACCAUCCAGAAUAACGAAGCUAAAUAAUGUGGUGUCUGGAUUUUCGUUGAAGUCCUGUGCGCGUUCUAAUCUGGCGUGUAUUAGGGACAUUUUCCCCAGCACGGCGUUCGCGGACAGCAACAUUGACAGUGCCAUGGCUCCAGAUGCCUUUGUCUGUCGCAGUAUUUGUACUCACUAUCCCAGUUGUUUGUUUUUUACCUUCUUUUCUCAAGAAUGGCCAAAAGAAUCUGAAAGAAAUCUUUGUCUCCUUAAAACAUCUGAAAGUGGAUUACCAAGCACACGCUUUAAAAAGAACGGAGCUCUUUCUGGCUUUAGUCUGCAAGCCUGCAGGCACAGCGUCCCAGUGUUCUGCCACCCUUCGUUUUACCAUAAUGCUGAUUUCUUGGGAGAAGAACUGGACAUAGUUGAAGUGAACGGGCACAAAGCCUGCCAGAAAGCAUGUACCAACGCCAUCCGCUGCCAGUUCUUCACCUACUCCCCAUCGCAAGCAUCUUGCAACGGAUGGGAGGGUAAAUGUUACUUAAAACUUUCUGCAAAUGGAUCUCCAACUAAAAUACUUUAUGGGAGAGGAGGCAUUUCUGGAUAUACACUGAGGUUAUGCAAAAUGGAUAAUGAGUGUACAACCAAAAUCAAGCCUAGAAUUGUUGGAGGAACACGAUCUGCUCCUGGUGAGUGGCCGUGGCAGGUAACUUUGCAUACCACGGAACCCACCCAGAGACACCUGUGUGGAGGCGCCAUCAUUGGAAGCCAGUGGAUAUUAACAGCUGCUCAUUGUUUCAAACAGGUAGAGUCGCCUAGAAUUUUGCGUGUCUAUAGCAGCAUUUUAAAUCAAUCAGAAAUAAAAGAAGACACAUCCUUCUUUGGGGUUCAAGAAAUAAUAAUUCAUGAUCAAUAUAAAAUGGCAGAAAGCGGGUAUGAUAUUGCCUUGCUGAAACUGGAAACGAUAAUGAAUUACACGGAUUCCCAGCGACCCAUAUGCCUACCUUCCAAAGGAGAUCGAAAUGUAAUAUAUACUGAUUGCUGGGUGACUGGAUGGGGAUACAGAAAAUUAAGAGACAAAAUACAAAAUACUCUCCAGAAAGCUAAUAUACCCUUGGUGACAAAUGAAGAAUGCCAGACAAACUACAGAGCAUAUAAAAUAACUGAUAAGAUGAUCUGUGCAGGUUAUAAAGAAGGAGGAAAGGAUGCUUGUAAGGGAGAUUCAGGGGGGCCGCUGUCCUGUAAAUACAAUGAGAUCUGGCAUUUGGUGGGCAUCACAAGUUGGGGCGAAGGCUGCGGACAAAGGGAACGGCCAGGUGUAUACACCAAUGUGGUGGAGUAUGUGGACUGGAUUUUGGAGAAAACUCAAGCAGUGUGAAAGAGUUCCCAGGUGCCACUGGACCCUCUGAAGUGCUAACCAGAUUGCUCCCUUGCAGAGGGUUCUGAUUUCUCUGAGGAAGACUCUGGGCCAUUAUUUUCCUCCAUGGGUUACAACACAAAGGCAGUAGCAAAUGGCAGGGGCUUGAUAUUUGUAAGGACAUGCUGAAAGGAAAUAAACUGUUCUUUUCAAAA